GUCACCCAGCCCGCGUGUCUCACCUCGACUUGCACGCGCACUAAUUACUUUUGGCAAUCGGACAGUAGCGUAGUACUAUCGCUCUUUACGUGCCGAUUAUUUCUGGCGAGACUUUUAAACCGAAGACAGCGGUGAUUGGGCGGCGGAGUCACGGGGUCCGCAGUCGUUUCGCCCUGCCUAGAGUCAGCCAGUCAGUCGGGGGAAGGCGAGCCUGCCUGCGAGCGCUUCACUCUGUGUGGAUCCAGCGUACGCACACACGGACCUUUACUCGCAAUUAUUGUUAAUUACCGAACCCCUUUCGGUCUUUUGAGAGUCUCUUUUUCACCAUGGGCGACAAAAAGAGCCCGACCAGGCCAAAACGACAAGCCAAACCAUCGGCGGACGACGGCUUUUGGGACUGUAGCGUGUGCACUUUCAGGAACAGUGCAGAAGCGUUCAAAUGCAGCAUCUGCGAUGUACGGAAGGGCACGUCUACCAGGAAACCCCGGAUAAACUCCCAGCUGGUAGCUCAGCAGGUGGCCCAGCAGUACGCCACCCCUCCUCCCCCAAAGAAAGAGAAAAAGGAAAAGCCAGAGAAGGAUCGAGGCGAGGGGGACCAAACCGACAGAAAUCCACCUGACAGCGAAUACACGGACAAGGAGAAGUGUGAGAAGGAGAAGGAGAAGGAGCAGCCUGAAAAAGAGAAGAAAGACAGAGAAAUCACACCAGCUAUUACUAAGAAACCCAACAGCAAAAAAAACAGACCCAAGUCAGACAUACAUCAAAGCCCACCCAGUGAAAGAAACAGCAUUCAGUCCGGCAAAUCCACGACCAAGACCAAGAACAAGAACAAGAACUCUCACAUCUCCAGGCCCAAACUGAAGAACAUCGACAGGAGCACAGCCCAGCAGCUGGCCAUCACGGUGGGCAACGUCACGGUGAUCAUAACAGACUUUAAGGAGAAGACACGCACCUCCUCCACCUCCUCCUCUACAGUCACCUCCAGCGUUGGCUCGGAACUGCAACACCAGAGCUCCGGCUCCGAGAGCAUGGACAAGGGUUCAUCCCGUGCUUCAACCCCAAAGGGAGACCUCUCGAUCGGGCACGACGAGUCAUUCUGAGCGUCACGGACACUGUCAAAACAGUGGGAACUCCAAGGGAUGUAUAUUUCCUCCUUUCUCCUCCAUUUUGUCCUGAGCCUACUCAUUUCUGUCACUGAGAAGAUGGAUAUACUUUGUCUUAAACACACACAUUACAUAAACACUCACUUGGAUGGUGCAAACACAUAUCACUGGACCGUGGAUGUGGGCCUUUGGGCAUAAUCCCUCCUUUGCUUUCCUGGAGACAUCCCACUCGUGUAUGUAUUGUUUUCUAUUUGUAAGUGGAUGUGCAGCUGAAUCAACAACUUUUCUCUUUUGUUAAAAAUAUAUAUCUUUAAAUGUCCGCUGUGCACAAUAACCACCUACGUUUUAACUAUUUUGGACCAUUAUUGGUCUUAUUUAUUAUGUUGCAUCUUUCUACUUUUAGACGUUUGUUUGUUUGUAUGUUUAGUUUUGUUGAUGCUUCGGUCAGCUAAAGUAGCUCAAGCCCUUAGUGAUUUUACAGAAAACUCUAGAGAAACUUCCCACAAUGGUGCUACAUACAUCGUGAAAUGGUUUCAGUCCUCUGGCUGGCGUUCACACCAUUGAAACAGAUGCCAGUAAAUCUACGAAGACAAUGGAAUUAUUUGCAUCCUGGUGUCAGGCUACAUUCUUGUUUCAGGACAUUUCCAUAUUAUAAGACUGAUUUGAACAGUUGUGCGUUGGUGUCUUUGGCUUCACCUGCAAAUUUUUUCUCACAAUAGGUGAAACAGCAUUUCGCUCCCAUUUGGUAUGGAGCGGAUGUCUGGGAUUCACUAAAUGCAAGGAGACGUGCAUGAUGUGAGUUUCGGAUUCAGAAGUUCAGUUCAUGUGCGAAACUAAACUUCAGUGAUUCAACGUCUGGUUGUGCAAACGUAAUAGUCACUUUUUGUUUUGUUGUGAAACCUGGAAUACAUAUGAUGUAUUGUAAUAACACUACAAGGGUUUGACGUCUCAACUGGUCUGUAGGCCUUAUACUACAUUGUGGAUCCUGCAGAAAGAAACUGAUUUUAACAAUAGGGCCUUAUUCGGCUGUGUUUUAAUCGCAAGACUUUCAUGUAAUUGUUCCACUCUUCUCAUAUGUUGAUGAUUUAACUAAAACAAAAUGAGACAUUUGAAGAAUCUGAUGUGGAUGUCUGGUGCAGAUUGUCCUGUCAAAGCAUUCAGUACUUUUACUUUGUUUUCAUGUCUCGCUUUUUAAAUUGACUCAAUAGCAUGAUUUCACAGGAUAUUACCAUUCUUCAUCAACUCAAAAUAAGAUGUCUAGCAGUCCGGCAAAUUUAAAGGAUCCUCCCUUUGAACUGUAUUAAACUUGUACAAAGUUUGUGUAUAUGAUAUGAGUUUUAUUUAUUGAAGGACCAAAGGAAUUUGAUAUCGAUGAUGUGCUAGGCAAAUUAAUAAUUCAAAAUGUAAUUACCGUAUGUGUGAUAUAACAUUUUAAUAAAGUCUAAUAUAAUCCA